AUGGCUGGAAGUAGCAGCGGGAGCGGCGACGGGGGCUCCAGAAACAACCUCCCCGAAUACGAGACGGUAGAGCUGAAUACCCGCGUGUUCCACGUGGGCUCCUUCGGGGCUCUUUGGAAGGAGGCGCUGCGCGCCGAAGACCUGUCCCUGCAGCAGGCGGUGGCGGAGGACGAAGAUGCUGCGGUGGCGGAGGAUUUGAACUGCACGCCAGAGAUCGCGGCCGAGCUGAGGGCUGUUUGCAGAAUUGAUGCAUUGAAGAGCUCUGGUAAAGAAGAUACGGAAGUUAUACCUGAAGACACUAGCUUAAUAACUCUUAGAAUUAGACAAAAGACUCUGGAGAGGCGAGAAGAAACGAUCACUGUGGAUCGUGCAUGUAGACAAGAAACAUUUAUUUAUGAGAUGGAGUCACGUGCAAUUGGAAAGAGGCCAAAGGAUCCAAUAAACCUAGUCAAGGAGUCAGAGCUUGUUUUAACUCUCAAUAUUUUCUACCCAGUUAUAUUUCAAAAGCAUAAGCUCCACAAGCCCUAUCAGACAGUGUUGGUUCUAGGUAGCCAGAAACUUACUGAGCUGAGAGAUUCCAUUUCCUGUGUCAGUGACCUUCAGAUCGGCGGAGAGUUCAGCAGUCAUCCUGGUCAAGCACCGGAAAACAUCAGCAAGGAUCUCUACAAGUCUGCCUUCUUCUAUUUUGAAGGUGUUUUUUACAACGAUAUGAGGUACUCAGAGUGCAGAGACUUAAGCAGGACAAUUAUUGAGUGGACAGAAUCUCAUGAUAGAGGCUAUGCGAAUCUUCAAGAUGCUAAAAUGGAAGACUACACAUUUAAUGACUUGAACAUCAAAAUAGGCUUUCCGUACCUUUACUGUCACCAAGGAGACUGCGAGCACAUCGUUAUCAUCACAGAUAUCAGGCUUAUUCAUCGGGAUGACUGCCUGGAUAAGAGCCUCUAUCCCUUGUUAACCAAGAAGCAUUGGCUGUGGACUAAGAAAUGCUUUGUAUGCAAGAUGUACACGGCCAGAUGGGUGACCAACGAAGACAGCCUUGCUCCACAAGACCCGUCUUUCUUCUGUGAUGUCUGUUUCCAAAUGCUGCAUUAUGACGUAGAUGGCAACAAAUUGGGAGAGUUCCUUGCCUACCCUUACGUUGAUCCAGGGAUUUUCAAUUAAAGCUUUAUCAAUAAAAAAGAUGUCCCACUGGAACACGUAGCAUCAAAUAACAUGGAUAUAAACAGCCAUAUUGUUCUCUUCACCCCCAGUGUUUCAUGUAUGGGUGUGUAUUUGCUUUUGUUCCUUGAUCUUGCCAAAUAUUCAGAUGGUGAAGGUACCAAGAAGUACAGUUCACAAGUAUGAGAGCCAUAUGUUGUGAACUUGUUAGGUGGGUUUCAUUUUUUAGUGUGAUCUUGGCCAGCAUGAUUAGGAACAUUUCCCUCCAUUACAGUGGCUUAUAAUCUAAUUGGAUUUCAAAGGUGAAUGUAAGCUGAGUUCCUUUGCCUUACAGUGGUGUCAGAAACUCUUUCAUUCUGCCCCCAAUGCAUGUUUACUGCUGAUGGAGGCUGGUGGUUCCAAUGCCAGUGGGGGGUGGUAACUCCACUCCAGGCUUCAGUCAGAACCAGUUAGAACUCUAAAGGAGCUCCUUUAGAGUUCUGACUUGAAAAUUGGAGUGGAUUCACUGCACCACUGACAUUGGAUCCAUCAGCUUCCUCUGUGCAUUGUUAAGGCAGUUCCCGCCUUCCACUCCACCUGCCAGAAUGUCAUUCUGUUUCCCUGGUUGCCAGAAUUCAGGCCUUUUCUCUAGAAUGUCAAGAAUGUCUAAGAGGAGGAAGAAAUAAUCCUAGGGAGCCUCUGAAGUGACAAGAUGAUUUGCCUCAUUGUCUGAAUAGGCAGGUCUGGAACCAGUGGACCUUCUUCCUUUGUGCGCUGUCGGUUGUUUGGAGAGCACAUCUAAAGGGAGCAUCUCUCCCCUAAACGAGGGGAUCUGGUUCUGAAUUUGAUAAAAUCCAGUUGUUUUUCUCUCUGUGAGAGAUUAGGCAUAAGUUGAACAUACUACACUGAAUGUGCUGCUCCCUGUGUUUAAUUUUGAUUUUUUUAUAUAUAUAGUUUCAGAUGUCACUUUGUUUUUAUUGUACUGAUGCUUUGAUUUAUUUAAAAAUAAAUAUAAAUGGGUCCACGCUA